AUGUCCGCUUAUAAGAAUUUGAUUGUCUUUGGUGCACACGGUAAAAUUGGCCAACAUUUGAUCAAGCUAAUUGCCAAGCUGAGCGUCAAUGCUACAGCAGUUGUUAGAAAUGACGACCAAGUAGCCACAAUCAAGAACAUUUCAUCUGGUUCUUCAAACAUCAGUUCAUCAAAAUUGGACCUUGCCGCUGCAUCAGUUUCGGACUUGACAUCAGCUAUCAAGGGUCACGAUGCUGUUAUUCUAACCGUUGGCUCAGGUGGAAAGAACUUGUUACAAGUUGAUUUGGACGGAGUAGUGAAAACUUUUGAAGCCACAGUUGAAGCUAAAGUUAAAAGAUUGGUUAUUGUUAGUGCUUUGUUUGCCGAAAAUCGUGAAGCUGGGCUCAAAUCCGGGCUCCGGGACUACUACAUUGCUAAGCACUAUGCUGAUCGUAUUUUGAUUGAUGAAUUUGGAAACAAAUUGGAUUACACAAUUGUCAAGCCUACACUGUUGACUGACGAUUCACCCACUGGUAAAAUCAGGUUGUUUAAGAGUCUCAGUGAUGACCAUGGAUCCAUCUCUAGAGCUGAUGUUGCUCAAGUACUUUUUGAUAUCCUUGGUUUCAAAGACACUUUUGGAAAGAGUUUUGAUAUUGCUAAUGGAGAUAAAAACAUUGAUGACUCAAAGACCUAUCAAUAG